AUGUUUUUUAUAUAUCAUCUAAUAUAUUUUUUUUUUUUUUUUUUAAUUUUAGUAAAUAGCUACAAUAUAACUAAAAUUAGUAACAACUCAUUUUUACAUUCAAAAUUUAUAUAUGACAAUGUAAGUAAAAGAAAGGAGAAAAGAAAAAAGGGUACUCCACAGAAUGUACAAAGACAUUAUAAUUUUACUAUUGAACAUUUUCCAUGUAAAACUGAAAUAUUAGAAAACAAAGAUGAGUAUUUUUUUAAAAGCAAUCAAACGUUUUCUCAGUUACGUAUUCAUGGUACCUUAGUAGAAGAAUUAAAAAAAUAUAAUAUUAAUGUACCAUCAAUUAUUCAGUCAGAUUUAUUAGAAUAUUAUAACAAAAAUUUUGAAAAAUUGAAAAAUGUUAUCAUAGGGGCAGAAAAUGGCAUAGGAAAAACUUUAUCUUAUAUAAUUCUCAUUUUAAAUCAUAUAUUGAAACAACCAAAAAUUCAAAAUACACGUGUUCUCAUUUUUCAGUACAACAGCUUGUUAAGUAAACAAUGCUAUGAUAUUAUAAAGCGCCUUUCAAAAAAAAUAAAGGUAAAGACGGUUAACCUGAAGGGGGAAGAUUCAAUUAAUGAAAUCAGCAAUUUAAUUGUAAUAUGUUCUCCUGUGAGAUUUGUUACCUAUAUGAAAGAGAACAAGGAAAAUAUAGUAAAUUUUUUGCAAAAUUUAAAUUUUUUUAUAAUAGAUGAAGUAGAUUUAAUGUUUGAUAAACCGUACAUUAAAUAUAUCAGUACCGUUUAUGACGAAAUGAACAAACUAAAUAACAACAAAGUUGUUUCAAUAGUAACGUCAUCUACUAUAUCAAAUAAGGGGAAAAAGUCCAUACAGAACAAUAUAAUGAAAUAUGUAACUAAUUCAGUUGUUAUAAAAACAAAUUAUUUGCAUAAUAUUCAUCCAUUUAUUAAUUAUCAUUUUGUAAAUUUACCAGUUUAUAAUGUUAAGACAAAAAUUGAUGCUAUGAAAAAUAUUAUUUUAAAAGAAAAUUUAAAAAAAAAAAUAAUUAUUUUUUGUAAUACUGUUAAAAGUUGUAAUAGUGUAUUUAGUUUAUUAAAAUCAGAUUUUGAUAACAUUUUUGCUUUUAAUUCUUCAUUUAAAAAAGAUGACUUGUUCAUAAUUUUGGAACUUUUUAAAAAUUCAGAAAAUCCUAUACUUGUAACAACAGAUAUAAUACAUAGAGGAGUUGAUAUAAAAGAUAUUACUCAUCUUUUUCAUUUUGACUCACCAACAAAUAUUAUAGUCUACACGCAUAGGAACGGAAGGAUAUCCAGGGGAGCGAGCACUGGUGAUAUAUACAUUUUCAAUAAUUUAGAAAACUUAGUAACAAGAAAGAUAUAUGAACUUCAUAAAAAUAAUGUAAAGUUUGAAGACAUUUUUAGCAGAAAAAGAUCUUUACGGAAAAAUUAUAAAAGGGAGUUGAAAAAAUAG